UCUGUGUGUAUUCUCCAGUGAGAGAACGAGUGUAGUGAAGAGAGGGCGAUGUGCGUGUACUGGUUGUGAUGUGUGGUAGCAGUUAGUAAUAAAUAAAUAAAAGUGUCGGAGAUAGUGAUAGGGUUGGUCACCGGAGGUAGUACAGGUGGACAAGAAUUUUAGCGCAUCCCAUUAAUCACCACUUAACACCUCAAAACGUCUGCAAGAUUCGCAUUGCACUACUAUAUCACAUACCGCAUAAAUAUCGUAAAAGAUUCCGUAUUCCACAAAAUGGCGAAAUAAUCAAAAAUGGAAGAUGACGAUGACGAAUUUUAUGAUACAAUAUCGGUCAAUUCCCAGCUCGUAGGAGACAACAGGCGACGAAGAAGUUACUUAAGUCUCUCUAGGAACACCGUAUACUAUUCAGCAUUCGAUUUGAACAUGGAACUCGAACCACUCCAGGAGAACUCCAACAGCGAUUUGCAGCUGCCGCGACCAAAGGUCCCUAAAAAACCUACAACAUACGCGGAGUGGAGAGAAAGGACCUGGAGGAACGCAAAAGACAAUGUAUCUGUGGACUUCGUUCUAGCCUACGAAAAUGAUUGCGACAAGCGGAGGUUGUUCGAACAGAAUCUCGCCGACGUCGGUUUCAUCCUACAGACGGAAGAAGUGCAGAAAAUCAAAUUCAUACUCAUCCAUGUGCCGCAGCACGUUCUCUACCAAUACGCAGAAAUCCUGAAACUCAGAAUGCCUUUGAAAAUUAACUUCGAACAAAGGGAUAACAAUAAUUUCUUAGCUACAAGUAUCAACAAGUUUCUUCAUUGGUCAAGAAUUAAACUGGACAAGACGUUGUUCCCUCCGAAGAAUUACACGCUCACUGCGGAAUUCAGUCGGGAUAAAAUAUACUUAUUUGAUGAAAACAGUCCAGACUAUUUUAAUUUACAAACAAGGAUCACUGUGAUAUCCUAUAUUUUAGAAAGGGAAAAGUUUGGUGACAAGGAACAGGAAAAAGGGAUUAAAAAGUUGUUAGCAGAGAAUAUAUACAAAGCAGCGUAUCCUUUGCACGAUGGUGACUUGAAGAAUGUGAAUUGUAUAAGAAGAAGGCUAUUAGACGAGUGGGCAUCGGUGUCAAAAGGAAUAAAGUAUCAGCCGAUCGAUGACAUCAAGGACUAUUUCGGCGUCAAGAUAGCAUUGUACUUUACUUGGUUAGGCUUUUACACCCACAUGCUAAUCCCUGCCUCGAUCUUCGGUCUGCUAUGCUUUUUAUUCGGCAUAUUGACAAUGAAUCGGGAUCAACUCAGCAUCGACAUCUGCACCCAGAACAUAACGAUGUGUCCGCUCUGCGAUAAAAUAUGUCCGUUCUGGCAAUUGAAGGAUGCAUGUUUAUUCUCAAAGAUCACAUAUCUGGUGGAUAAUCCAGUGACGGUGGUAUUUGCUGUCAUGAUGUCCGUCUGGAGUGCAUUAUAUCUGGAGAUGUGGAAACGCUACAGCGCUGAAAUAACGCAUCGUUGGGGUCUGACCGGUUUCGAUCUGCUGGCUGAGCCGCCCAGACCAGAGUUCCUUACUCGCCUGGCCAAUGCCAAAAAGGAAAAAAUCAAUGUAGUCACUUUACUUAAAGAGCCGGUAGUGCCUUAUUGGAGGGUCAAAGUACCCUCAAUACUAUUCAGUUUUACAGUUGUUAUACUUUCGAUGACAGCAGCUAUCGCCGUCGUUUUCGCAAUAGUUAUGUACCGGAUGUCUCUCCUCACAUCGUCCGCUUUGUAUGGUGACAAAUCGAGUUACAGGAUUUAUGUUGUUCCAGUGACUGGCGGAGUCAUAAAUUUGAUCUGCAUUUUCAUACUCAACUAUUUCUAUAAUAUGUUAGCCGAAUAUCUGACCGAGACGGAACUUCAUCGAACGCAAACCGAGCACGAGGAUAGUCUGACGCUCAAAAUCUAUUUGUUUCAAUUCGUCAACUACUAUACCUGCCUAUUUUACAUUGCAUUCCUGAAGGGGAAGUUUGUUGGAUAUCCCGCCAAAUAUAAUAGAAUAUUCGGUGCGCGACAAGAAGAGUGCCAACCUGGUGGAUGCUUAAUGGAACUGACUAUACAAUUAACUAUAAUAAUGAUUGGCAAACAGGCUUUCCAUAGUGUAUUUGAAAUAAUUAAGCCGCUAGCAAUAAAAAUGUACAAUAAAUUCAAGUUCAAAAUUAAACCUGAGGAGGUGUGCACGCAGAACCAAUGGACGGAAGACUACAAACUUCUGGAAUUGGAACCCAACGGUCUAUUCCAAGAAUAUUUGGAAAUGGUGCUGCAAUAUGGAUUCGUGACCAUUUUUGUGACGGCGUUCCCAUUGGCGCCGCUCUUCGCGUUAAUAAAUAACAUUUUCGAAAUGCGAUUAGAUGGGAAAAAGAUGUUGAAAUACUUUAGGAAGCCUGUGCCAAAGCGUGUAAAAGACAUUGGCGUAUGGUAUCCCAUCAUGAAUACUAUAGGACGCAUCUCCGUCGUUACAAACGCAUUUAUUAUUGCCUUCUCAUCGCAGUUCAUUCCGAAACUGGUCUACUCGAUGAAAUGGAACCAUGACCGCACGGAAAAUGGAUUCUUACACUUCACGCUGACCGAAUUCAAUACGUCGGACUUUCAAGUGGCUGCCGCCCCGCUUAAAAAUCCCAACAAUGUUCAAAUAUGCAGCUUCGCUGAAUAUAGGAACGACUAUGAUCACGAAUACAAAUAUAAGAGGCCCAUUGAAUACUGGCAUAUCACUGCUGCUCGCCUCGCGUUCAUUGUGGUGUACCAGAAUCUGGUAGGUUUCAUAAUAACCGCUAUCCAAUGGGCCAUACCAGACAUUCCAAAUAAACUGAGAGACAGAAUUAAGAGGGAAGCUUAUCAAAUCAACGAGAGCAUCAUUAGGGAAGAAAAACGAAGACAUUUAACAACGCAAGCGAGUCGAGCGAAAAUGAAUUUUGUCGAUGAGAUUAACAGAGAGGACCAAAACGGCUCAUUGCAUCAACGUUUGAAUCGCGUGAAUAGUAUUAGUAAUAAUACAUCGGACCAAGUCAGUGGUAGUGCUUCAAGUCCGAGUGCCAAUAGCAAUUCAAGCUCUGAAGGCUCCACUGACCAAAGCGAAUCAAACUCAUAAACAUACGUGAUAAAAAAAAAAUAUAUAUAUACAUUAAAAGUUACUGCACACUUUGAUAUUUUAUAACUGUUUAACUUGCCAUUUAUAUAUUUACAAGAAAAAAGAUUGUAUUUUAGUACUAUUUUGUAAGCGAAAUGGGUGGUUAAUAACUUCUUUUUUAAUAUUUUUGUUUUACUUAGGUGCUUGUUUUUGAAAUUCUGUACUACCUCAUUGACAUUUUCAUAAAAUAAUUCUAUUACAUCAAAAAUAUACAAAUAUGUUAAUCA